AUGACUUCCUCAAUAGCGAAGAUGAAGCUGUCUCAGAUCUUCUCUACUACCUUCGUUGUUACUUCCAUUCUCUCAUUUGUUAACCAGGUCCACUCUCUCGCUUCGACGGAUACCAUCACUUGGGGAGGUGAUAAUUCUAGGACUGGAUAUCAAUCUAAUCAUAAUAUGGAUCCUUCAAUUGUUGGAUCCUCACAAUUUGGCCAGCUUUUCGUGACUCAGUUGCCGGGCACAUAUAACGGUGCCAAGGAGCAACUCUAUGCUCAGCCUCUAGUGUAUACCCCGUCUGCGGAUGGUACACAGUAUGUCUAUCUGGCAACGACGCAGAACAACAUCUACAAAGUCAACGCGAAGACCGGCGCCAUUGUUGCACAACGAAACUUACACAUUCCAUUUUUAGCUGCCGACUUAAAUGGGUGUGUUGACAUCACCCCUUGCAUCGGUUCCACGGCAACCGGCGUCAUUGACCCGGAUACCGAUACAUGGUACUUGACAACGAAGACAUAUGCAAACCAGGAUGGUGGGACUGUCGCCCAAGGCAAGCCCAAUGGGAGAUACUAUGUUCACGCUAUUGAUGUCAAAGAUCUCAGCGAGCGGCCGAACUUCCCUGUAAAUCUCGAGGGUACCGUGGCAAGGAACAAUCCCAUUCGAAGUUUCAAUGGUGGUAUUCAUCAUCAGCGACCUGCCAUACUCCAUACCGGACAGUUUAUCUACGCUGGGUUUGCGUCACACUGCGUCCAAUACAAUUUUACUGGAUGGAUCAUGGGUUGGGACAAGACAACCGGGGCUACGGUUGAAAGAUAUGCAACUGAAGGUGCUGGUGUUCCAAAUACAACCCCCGGAGGUGGUGUAUGGAUGUCGGGUGGAGGUUUGGCGUCGGAUGACGCCGGAUCGAUGUUCUUCGCCUCAGGAAACGGAUACGCUUCUCAACUCAGCACGAUUCCUGUCAAUGGUCGAAACCCGCCAACCUCACUUGAAGAAGCUGCUGUUCAUAUGACAAUCAACGAAGACGGUAGUUUAACUAUAGUAGACUUUUUUAUGCCAUGGGAGAAGACACAACUAGAUGGUGCUGAUCGAGAUCUUGGCACGACCCCUCUGGAAUUGCUUCCAAGCGAAUUCUCCUGCGGCGAUGUGAAGCGCAUCGGAGUUGUCACAGGAAAAAGUGGCAAAACUUAUUGGCUCAACUUGGACAAUUUGGGAGGAUACCAGAAUGGUCCAAACAAGCUGGAUGAUGUUAUUCAGGUAUACCAGAACGAGAAUUCUGUUUACGCUGGAGCUGGCGUUUUCCCCCUUGAGGGAGGAUAUAUCUAUAUUAACGUCAUUCAAUAUCCAAGUCAUGUCUUUAAGUUCUCAUGCGAUGCGGGAGUUCCUUCUUUCACCAAAGUUGCGGACAAUCCUACCAAAAAUGCCUAUAUUCUAGGCGUGGGACACGGAACUGUCACUUCUCUGAAUGGGCAAAUAGGAACAGGUCUUGUAUGGACUAGUGAUGUCCAAGGAUCUACCCUCCGCAUCUAUAACGCAGUACCGGUGAAUGGCCUCAUGACCCUAAUCAACUCCUUCAACUUUCCAAAUCCACUCAAGUUCACCCGACCAGUUUUUGGGGAUGGCCGAGCUUAUAUGGGAACUGCGGCAGGCGCUCUUUAUGCAUUUGGAUCGCCCGUCAAUCUCCCGAUCAAUUGCUCUUCGCCUUAUGACUUUGGAGUAUCAGACCUAAAGAAUGCGACUGCGGUUAAGACUGUUACUUGCCUGGCAAAUAUUGACGUUACGGUCACGAACAUUAGCCUGAGUGGGGAUCCAAACUUCGUCAUUAACGGGGUCCCAGGUUUACCACUUCAGGUAGCAGCUAAAAGCUCUUUCAGCCUUCAAGCAACAUUCGAUCCGCAGGCUGUUGGCCCACUGUCAUCUGAUAUUCUUGUUGGCACUACCAAUGAAGUGGCUGGCUAUAGUACUACUACCCCCAUCGGCCUGCGUGGUACUGGUCAAAGUGUGAACCCUCUGCUCUCUGUCAGUCCUGUGACUUUAGCUUUUCAAGGCGUUGUUACUGGGGCUCAAGCCGGAGGUGUAAAUCAGUCUGUGAUCUUCACAAAUCUAGGAAAUGGUAACUUGUCAAUCAGAAGCAUUCUCUACUCCACCCAGAGCGAGACCGGCCCUUUUAUUCCUGCCAACACCACCUUGUCAGGGCCGAGGGCUGGGCCAUUUACCUUCAUUGGCCUUCCAUCCACUAUUCCUGGGAAUUCUGAAGUCACUGUUACUGUCAAUUUUGAUACCUCCGCAAGUGGAAACUUUGCUGCUUAUCUAGUUGUGCAGUCGAACGGUGGUAACAAGACCUUUGAUGUGGUUGGAACCUCUGGAAGUGCCCCAGUCGCACUUCUCGAGUUCCAAACUACCGACGGCGCUGGUUGGGCACAGUACAAGUCGGGUACAAAUUUCACGUUCGGAAAUGUGACGGAGAAUACUACCCGUUCCUUGAAAAUGCGAUUGACAAACAACGCUACUACUGACAGCGCUCGACUCUCUAUCACGGUUUCGAAACCUCCUUUUGGGGUUGUAGGGAUAAUCGGAGCCAACAAUGCUGUCGAUCUCGCUGAAGGGACCACUCUCGCACCCGGAGAGAAUGCAACUGCAACUCUCUACUGCUCAGUACCCAAAGAGCAGUGGAACGAGAACCCGUACUCGGGAAGCGCACAGUGGACAAUGAAUACCGAUGAUCCAAAUUUUAGAAAGCAGUUCAUUCAAUUUGACUGUCUCGGCGUUUCGGAACAAGCUCCUCCUCUCCAGCCCAACGGUCUGGGAUAUUAUCACUACACGGGCUGCUUCAAGGAGAACAACCCCGGUCGACAACUCAAAACUCAACUCUAUGCAAAUGUAAACAACACCAUUCCUAUGUGCAUUGCAGCUUGUUCUGCAGCUGGAUAUACUUUCUGCGGUACUCAAUACAACCGCGAAUGUUGGGGAGGGCCAACAAUACCCAUCCAGGCUGUUGAUGAAGGCAACUGUAACUACCCUUGCGCCGGCGAUAUCAACCAGAUCUGCGGCGGUAACGGCAUUGGCAGUGGAGCAGGCGGAAGCUACAUCUCAUUGUUUGCUGACGCUAGAGGCUUCAGUGGAAAUGUCACGACCACCCCACCAAGCGGACCCUUUGUCAACCCUGGUGUUGGAGGUUAUACGAGCAUUGGCUGCUAUACCGAAGGCACCAGUGGUAGAGCAUUGUCCCAGCAGCUGACUCCUACUUCAAAGACAGUUGCAAAUUGUGUUAGUGCUUGUUCUGCUGGCAAUUACAAAUAUGCUGGAAUGGAAUACGGGGGAGAGUGCUGGUGUGGCAACUCUAUCAGCAAUGGUGCUAGUUUUACUGCAAGUACUGAUUGCAGCAUGACCUGUGCUGACAAUGGAACGGAGUAUUGCGGAGCUGGCUCAAGACUAAACAUGUAUCAGCGCGGGAAUGUUACACUUCCUACCACAACCAGUAAUGGCACGACUACUGGGACUGCGACUCCAACUCCAACAGGUGGUCCUCAAAUCAAGCAAACGAUUGGCAAUUGGGCAUUCCAGGGUUGCUGGACGGAGAGUACGAAUUCUCGCGCUCUAGCCGGUCUUGCCUAUGCCAACGAUUCUAUGACUUUGGAAUUUUGCGCCUCCUUUUGUACCGGGUUCAAAUGGUUUGGCGCUGAGUACGGACGGGAAUGUUAUUGCGGCAAUACACUUGGCACUGGGAGUAUCAAGGCUGCGAACCAAGCAGAUUGUAGCUUCUUGUGCCCUGGUAAUAAUCUCGAGUAUUGUGGCGCAGGCAACCGGCUUGAAUUAUACAGUCUCGCGGCUUCUACCACAUCACCAGCCGGUUUAUCCAAUUCUUCGACGACUUCAACGGGAAAUGCUUUAAGCAGUGUUCUAACCACCCCUGACUCUUCGAUGACAUUAAAGACAAGUGUCACAGUUUCCACUCCCACCGGCACAAUUCUCACUACUAGUACUACCACAUCAGCGAAACCAACAGGCCCGACUAUCGUGCCCUCAGUCGGCUUGUACAACUAUGCUGGCUGCUAUACUGAAGGAACAAACGUCCGUGCUCUCGCGGCAGCCUCUUACCCCUCGGACAACCAAACAGUAGCAUACUGUGCUUCUUCUUGUUCUUCCUACACUUAUUUCGGUGUUGAGUAUGGCCGUGAGUGUUGGUGCGGAAACAGCUUUGGUUCCGGAGCUGUCACCACGAAGGACAGCGACUGUUCAAUGUUAUGUGCCGGGGAUACAACCGCUUACUGCGGCGCAGGCAACCGCCUGAAUGUGUAUAUCAAGAACGGGACACUUUCUACCUUUGAGGCGAGCACAAACUCAUCCUCGAGUCUUGUGAGCACACCCUCAAGUUCUGGAAUAUCGAGCCUUUCUAGCACACAAUCCGCAUCCUCCUCAAUUUUAACUUCGACGGCAUCGACCUCGGCGGCCUCUAGCUCAAGUCCUUUCGUUAAAAGUACGAACUCGUUCCUAUCCUCUUCACCGCAACUUUCCACGUCAAGCAGCAGCAGUAGCUCCACCAAAAACUCCUCCGCAACCUCAGAAACACCCUCAUCAACCGUGCCUGUCGUUUCGAACGGAAACGCAAACUUCACUUACUACUCCUGUGUCACUGAACCAGUCAAUGACCGUCUCCUCUCCUCGAAAGUCCUCAGCAAUGGCACGGACAUGACUAUUGCGACGUGUCUCUCAACAUGCUAUGAUUAUGCCUACGCAGGCGUAGAAAACGGGCGCGAGUGUUGGUGCGGAAAUACCCUCAACAUAGCAGGCAAUUCAGAACCAACGCCUAGUGCGAACGUCUCGUAUAGCCAGUGCAGCUUUACUUGCCCUGGCAACUCAACGGAGUACUGCGGUGCUGAAAAUAGGCUGAGCCUCUACUGGUUUGAUAGCGUGAAGGCAAAAAAUAAUGCUGGUAAUGCUACGCAGACAUAG